CAUACUCUUCAUCAAAUCAAUGCCAAUAAAAGGGGAUGUAGCUCAAAUGGUAGAGCGCUCGCUUUGUGUUUCUCGUCAUUUUCUCCAUCAAAUCAAAAUGUUAGUCCGACGUUCCUCGCUCCCUAAACCCAUCCUUAACUCCUUUUACCACCAGCCUCGCCAACUCUUCCGUCUCUUAACUACAGCAUCAAUUCAGCCGCAGCCAUCUCCGCCAUGCCCAGUCAAGCCAGACUACCUCCUUCGAGUCUGCACCAUCCUCUACCAGCAACAAAAUUCUCCAGACUCCAAACUCUACUCUAAACUCUCCUCCUGCAAUUUCCACUUAACCCACGAAUUCUUCCUCCAAGUCUGCAACAAAUUCCCAUAUUCUUGGCGCCCUGUCUACCGUUUCUUUCAGUACACGCGGCAAACACCUAAUGCGCUUUUUGCUCACACUUCAAUCUCCUUCAACAAAAUGUUAGACGUCAUCGGAAAAUCAAGAAACAUUAAUCUUUUUUGGGAUACAAUUCAAGAAAUGGCCAAAAUUGGUUUGGUAAAUGAUAAGACAUUUAUAAUUGCUUUGAAAACGUUGGGUUUGGCUAGAGAGUUAAAAAAAUGUGUGGAAUUUUUUCACUUAAUGAAUAGUUAUGGGUAUGAAUAUAGAGUGGAAAGGUUAAAUAAGGUAGUAGAAAGCUUGUGCAAAGAUAAACUUGUUGAGGAGGCAAAGUUUGUGGUUUUAAAGUUGAAGGAAUGGAUUAAGGCUAAUGAGAUUACCUAUGGAUGGUUGGUAAUAGGAUUUUGUGAUAUGGGUGAUAUGAUUGAAGCUUCAAAAAUAUGGAAUUUGAUGGUCGACGAGGGUUUCGAGCCAGGCAUCCAUGUGUAUGAGAAAAUGAUAGAGACAUUUUUCAAGAGAAAUGAGUAUAAUGAGGCUGUGAAGCUAUUCCAAACGAUGAGAGUAAAGAAAAUGGAUGAUCUGGGCCUAUCUACGUAUAGGCUUGUUAUAGAUUGGAUGUGUAAAAGAGGCAAGAUUUCGCAAGCGAAGAUGAUGUUCGACGAAAUGUCUAAGAGAGGGAUUGAAGCUGAUAAUUUGACAUUAGGGUCAUUAAUUUAUGGGCUAUUAGCAAGAGGGAGAGUCAAUGAAGCUUAUAAAGUUGUGGAAACGAUUGAAAAGCCUGACAUUAGUGUUUAUCAUGGAAUGAUUAAGGGAUUAUUAAGGUUGAGAAAAGCAAGUGAAGCUACGCAAGUGUUUAGAGAGAUGAUUAAAAGAGGGUGUGAACCUACAAUGCAUACCUAUGUAAUGCUAUUGCAAGGGCAUUUGGGAAAGAGAGGGAGGAAGGGAAAAGAUCCACUUGUGAAUUUUGAUACAAUUUUUGUUGGAGGUUUGGUUAAGGCUGGAAAGUCACUAGAAGCUACCCAGUAUGUAGAGAGAACAAUCAAUGGAGGUCUUGAGGUGCCUAGGUUUGAUUAUAAUAAGUUCUUGCAUUAUUAUUCAAGUGAGGAAGGUGGUGUUAUAUUUGAAGAGAUGGGAAAAAAAUUGAGAGAGGCAGGGUUGGUUGAUUUGGCGGAUAUAUUGGAGAGAUAUGGUGAGAAAAUGACUACUAGAGAGAGGAGGAGAAAUAGAGCAGUUGAGCCAUGAAAAUGAAUGUUUUUGCUUGUAUAUAUUAAAUAACAUAUGGUCUGUUGAUACGUUAAAAA